AUGUCGCAACGAUCGUCCUCUGCGUUUGACAAUGAUCAGUCAGAAACCUCCUCUUCUCAACAAUCUGGGGGCGGCUCUCGAUUUUUAUCGCAAACCCAAAACCCCUCCCAAACCCUAGAAGAUGCUUUUUCUCGUCUUUCUGUUUCUGCGUCUCCCUUCAACUACCCACAUUCUGAUUUCAUCAUGGAUAGUCUUUAUGACAACAAUGACCCCUCAAAGAUUCCCCCUUGUAACGGUUGGGGUGGUGGGGUUUCCACUUCUCAGAGUUUCAAUAUUUGGCACCCCACAUUCACUACCAACAAUUAUUCUUAUAAUGGUGAUGGGAUUCUGCAUUCUAAACCAUUGAUGAGACCAAGAGAAAACCCAACAUUCGGUGGAGUUUAUCCUGCUGUAUCAUAUUCCAAUGGGAUGAUGCCACAGAAGACCCCUGGGGCUGGUUUCUUGAAUGGUUUUUUCGGUCGUAAUAAUAUUCCGGGGUUUAGAAUUGAUGAAAGGCGUUUCCAAUGGUUCAAUAAUUUUCGAGGGUGUGUUCUGAUGUUGGCUACGGAUCAACAUAUGUGUAGGACAUUGCAAGAGAUUAUGAGAACAUUGACUAAAGAAGAGUUUGACAUUAUCUUCUUGGAGCUGAUUAAUCACGUGACUGAUUUGAUGAUUGAUCCCUUUGGGAAUUAUGUUGUUCAGAGGAUGGUGGAAAUUUGUAGUGAAGAGCAGCUGACUCAGAUCGUUUUAAGAGUGACUCAGUGUAAUUUUCAAUUGGUCAGAAUUUGCCUUAGUCCCCAUGGGGCUGUUGAGAAAUUACUGGAGCAUGUUAACUCCCAGGAGCAACGACAUCGUAUUAUAGCAGCUCUUAGUCCAGGUGCUGCUAUAUUGGCAAAGGAUGUGAGUGGUCAUAGGGUGAUUCUGCAUUGUCUAAAACAAUUCUCUACAGAAGACAAUGAGAAUCUUCUGAAUGUGGUGGCAAACAAGUGCUUUGAGAUUGCAACAGAUAAGACAGGGUGUUGUGUGCUGCAGCCAUGCAUUAACCAUGCUCAAGGAGAAAUAAAAAGGAGGCUGAUAGGUGCUGUCAUGUUCAACUAUGUUGUGCAGCAUUUAUUGUCUCUGGGAAUACCAGGAGUUGCAGACUCUCUAUGGAGACAGCUUGAAGGAAGAUUUUUCUAUCUUGCCUGCAACAAAUACGGGAGUAAUGUAGUGGAGAAGUUCUUUCAAGACUCGGGUGAACCGCAUUCAAUAUGCAUUACUUUGGAGUUGCUCCACAAUCCAAAUGUUGCAAUGCUUCUUGUGGAUCCAUAUGGGAAUUAUGUCAUCAAAUCAGCACUGUCGACAUCUAUGGUCAGCGAACUCAAACAAUUGGAAUUUUUAGGACUUGCUACUGAAAAUCAUUCAGAUUGGACUACAGUGUGA